CAUUCGUCGCGAGUGACUUAGUGAUUCCCAGUACUAGUAAUUUUUACAUGGCACUCAUAGUGGUUAGUUAUUUUUAUUUGAUUUAUUGUCUUAACUUGUUAAUAAAUGAUUGUAACUUAUUCAUACUUCAAAACACAAGUGUUCUGUAACUACUCGCUUUCUCACAACCAUAUCAAGCUAACUGGGAACGUAAUACGUCGUUAAAUAAUUAAUGUGUUAACGGUCGCAGUGUCCUACACAGCGAUCACUACAGAUGUGCAUUUAAUAUACAUUCCGCUAAUAUUCCGAAAUAUUAUUUUAUCGUCGAUAAUAAUUAACUUAUCGUAAAUCUAUUUAUUGUUUUUUCGUUAGUAAAUAUGUUGUACACGAUUGACAUUUUACAGUAUGGUGUUUUUUCAAUUUAAAAAUGUGUUAAUUUAAUAUUCCAGCUCCAUAGUUUCCCGGAUUUGGUUUAUACUUUGGACGGGGUGUUGGUCCGUAGCUUAGUCUAGAAUAAUUUAAAACUAAUCAAAACUCUGAAAAAAUUGGAUAAUUACCUCAAGAUGUAUAGACAAAAAUAACAUAUAAUUUGACUACUUUUGAUUUCCACAAUGUUUGAAAAUAAGCUUAUUACGGUGCUGUAUAUUCUAACAAUUAUUGUAUUUAUAUGUUGGUUUUGUCUGCAAUUAGGCAGUUUAGAACCUAAUUCAAAUCAAAUUCAAACGGAUAACAGCAUCGAUAACAGUGACCUACAACAAAGUGAUUCAGUGCCAUUAAAUACUGUUUUAAACGAUUUGGAUUAUGAAAAUAUCUAUAACGACUAUAACGCGUUGCAUACACCACCUCGUCAGACAAAUAAUGCUGCACAAGCAUCUAGAAUUAACGUUUCCACACCACAAGCCACAAUUGUACCGUUGAGUUCUAGUUUAAAUUACGCGGAGCUUAAUACAUUUAAUUUCGCUCCAUUUUCAAGAUCUCCGCUCGAUGAUCCACCGCCUUCAUACGACGAGACGACGAGGGCGUGGUGACUUUCACAUCGAACACCUCGUUAGUGGCCAUUUAUGUCGAUGAUAUAUGGUAAGAAGUGAGCGCGAUUUUUCAUACAACUUAGAAUGUGAAUUUAAUGUUAUAUGUAUUGCAAUUUUUUAAUUCAUCGCACACACACACACACACAAAUAAUAAUUAUUUGUAACGUAUAUA